GAAGGCCCAGGAGAGCUCGCCCGCCGCGCCGGCCCUGCUGGGCCGCCGCGCCGGAGGUCUCCAGAUGACGGACGUCGCGGUGACCUACCGGGAGGGCCUGCCCCCUGCGCUGAGCGGGGUCUCGCUGUCUUUCCCGCUGGGCGAGGCCGCCGCCAUCAUGGGCCGCACCGGCGCGGGCAAGUCCUCGCUGCUCUUGUCCGUGAUGCAGCUCGUCCCGUACACCGGCAGCAUCUCCGUGUGCGGCGAGGUGCUCGGUUCCCUGGACGGCGAGGACGUGCGCUCGCGCAUCGUGGGCGUGGUGCCCCAGCAGCCGGCCCUGUUCGAGGGCAGCCUGCGCUGGAACCUGGACCCGAAGGGCCUCCACGCCGACGCCGAGAUGUGGGACGCGCUCCAGGCCGUCGGUCUGCGGGGCGUCUGCAGCGAGCUCGGUCUGGGCGCGGACGUAACCACGGGCGGCGGGCAGGCGGCGGGCAGGCUGGCGCUCUCCCAGGGCCAGCGGCAGCUGCUCUGCGCCGCGCGCGCCCUGCUCCGCAGGCCGCGCGUCGUGCUGCUGGACGAGGUGUCGGCGUCGCUGCCCUCGGAGUUGGCCACCAGCACCGUGGAGACCCUGCUGGACCGCUUCAAGCAGCGCGGGGCGGCCGUGCUCCUGGUGACCCACCAGGAGGAGCUGCUGCCGCUCUGCGACCGGGUGGUCACCGUGGCAGGCGGGCGCAUCGUGGGAGACCGCCGGAACAGCGGCCUCGCUGCGGACGCCGCGUGACUCCCUACAUGUGCUGUGCAGUGCGUCUGGUUCCCUUCUGUGCCGUCAGCUCAGUAGGUGUUCGACCACGGACCCCUUCUUCUUCUUCUUGGACGCCGCCGUCGGAGUCUCGACCUUUCCCCUUUGGCAUCGCUCGGACGUUUGUAUUGUAAUGGCCUCCAGCCAGUGCCGCCGAGCCGCUCGCUUGCUUGCAGACUUCAGUGCAUGGCCGGAAACAGCGUUGGUGUAUAGUGUUUGGUUCCCUAUUCAUCGGGGCAUAUCUCCCGAGGGGCUCUUCCCACGACGCGAGGGGGUCUGGGCAGUGCGCUGCCAGGUCCGCGUCCGCUCGCGCUCCCGGCGCCCCGACGCCCUGCCGCGCGUUCCAUGCGGCCUGCCCCGCGCGCUGCCGUCGGCCCGCGGGCGCCGAGCGCGGAG